UGCGGACGCGCGAAACGGACGAAACGGUCGAUUGGAAUCGAAGCUAGAUAACGGCGCGUGCCAAAGCCAUAAACCAUACAACAACAACAAGCCAAUCUGUGCGAACAGAAAAUCCUGUUAGUGUAGACAUCGCAAGAGGUCUUUUAACUGCGAAUCACGCAUUUCCCAUAUGUGUUAGAGAAGUGAGAAACUGAACUAACGGUAAAUACAGGAACUAUUAAGGUUUAAGCUAGAGCAGUCGAUAUGCCUGAAAUUGUGGAGUUGAACGUUGGCGGUGUCCACUACACGACGACGCUGAAGACCCUGCUGCAGGAGAAGGCGACGCUGCUGUACGAGCUGUUUGCAGGACCGGAGGGUCGCGAGUCGCUGGCCAAGGACAGCAAGGGCCGUUAUUUCCUGGACCGUGAUGGUGUCCUUUUCCGCUAUAUAUUGGACUUUCUGCGCGACAAGGCGCUCAAUUUGCCCGAGGGCUUCCGUGAACGCCAGCGCCUGCAGCGCGAGGCUGAGCACUUCAAGUUGGCCGCCAUGCUGGAGUGCAUACGUGGCGACCGGGAUGCCCGGCCACCUGGCUGUAUCACGAUUGGAUACCGCGGCAGUUUCCAGUUCGGUAAGGAUGGCCUGGCCGAUGUCAAGUUCCGCAAGCUGUCACGCAUCCUGGUUUGUGGCCGUGUCGCACAGUGUCGCGAGGUAUUCGGCGACACGCUGAAUGAAUCACGAGAUCCGGAUCACGGUGGUCCAGAUCGCUACACGUCGCGCUUCUUCCUCAAGCACUGCUUCAUCGAGCAGGCUUUCGACAAUCUACACGAUCACGGAUAUCGCAUGGCCGGCAGCUGUGGCUCCGGCACCGCAGGCUCGGCGGCAGAGCCCAAGCCAGGCGUGGACACGGAGGAGAAUCGCUGGAAUCAUUACAAUGAAUUUGUUUUCAUUCGGGACUAAGCAGCUGCGGCAGUGCAUUUCUGCUCUCUUCCGAACUUCUUAAGUUUGUGAUACGAUUAACUAUAAUUUAAACACGCCUCUUCCCUGGUCUAUAUACCCGAAAAUAGGUCAAAUCUUUGUAUUGUCGAGAGUUUUCUUAAUUUUUUAUCAAAAAUAUUUAUUUUGAAUGGGAACAAGGCAGGCAAAUAUUUGAAAAAGGGAGAGAAGAAAUCAAGCAUUUGUGACCAUAUUAACUUAUUGGCCUAAUCUGAAUAGAAUUAUCAUCAAAUUGAAAUUCGUUUAGAGUAUAGAGGAACUAAGAAGAAUCUAUCCUAAUCUUAAAUGAUUUGAGCCCACCUUUAUAUUCCGAUGGGAACAUUUUAAGCGUACAAUUUAUGUAACAAUCCCCAUAGGCAAAUACCCAAGCGGUUUACCUGAAAGUAAACAGUUUAUUUACCAAUUGCAAGUACCGAUUAAUCAGAGCCAAAGACAAGCAUUAUAUUGAAUAUUAAUAGUUUUGAAUCCUAGUGAAUUUUACGAAUGAAUAAUUAUAUAAAGCAGCGGCUGAUGAAUAACUUACGGUUUGCCUUUGGCUAAACAAGUAUUUGAUGCUAUUCCGAGUGCAUAAAGAGAAUAAGUUAUGAUUUUUGAAUUGUUAAAUCAAGUACAGGAAAUUAGAAAUUAUAAAUUGGGAAGCGCGAAAUGCGAAUGUUAAUGAAAUAAACCAGAGCAAAACGUAAACAAACGUGAUUUGAAGAAAUCUAGAAAUAAAUUUACAAACAUGUUUUUACUUAUAUUAGUAGGGUCUCAGCUCUAGACAAACUGUAAGAAUUUAUCUCGGCUAUCUUACCAAAAACAACUACAAGCAACUAUUUAAAUACGGGUCACUUCUUGAGUAAAUAACAAAUAAAAGAAAGUCAGUAAAUAUGCAAUCUUAGCCACAAGCCCGCAAGUCAUUGAGUAAUAAAUAUAUUUACUAUUCAAUAUAUUUAUUAUUUAUAUACCUAUUA